AUGGGCGGCAUGAAUCUUCGUACCAAGAUUCGUGCUCCGACGCGUUAUGGCGAAUGCAGUGAAGAGUCACCAACCGCUGCCCUGCUCCAGUCGAUGCGUCGCUCCCGAGCAGAAGCCACUGAUGAGAUUCGAAAAACUAGUAGCCCAGAUGGGUCGCAUUCGUUACGACGAGAGGUCAAAGUUGAGUUUCAGCGAAAGCCCCUCGUCGAGUUUGAUCCAAGUUUACCUCCAGCGGCAUUUCCAACGCUGGACAUGACCAAACCAACUGUACCUCCCAGAAGCAUUGUGUCGAUUUGUCAGUACACUGAUCGCAAACCGUUCUUUUUGGAGAGACCAACGGGUCCUGAACUAAAGAAUGAUGACGAUAAUGUGGACCAGGCGACUUUGAAUGAUAUUGAGAAUCAUGUCGCGAGCAACAAUGAGUUGAACCCUGUUUACCAGAAGAAUAUGGCGAUCAUAGCGGGGCAGGUUCAUGAUAACUCAGAUGAAGACGAUAGCCUUUAUUCUGAGGAUAGUGACCGGAACGAGCCUAAAGACGCCUCAGUGGUCCUGGGAGAGAAGAUUGCCGAUCCCACCUGGGCUGAUAUCGUGCCCCCGAUGCAGGUCGAAAUCAUCGAAAAUAUGUUCAGAGGCGGGAUGAGCUGGAAGCACAUCUGUACCAAGCUUGAGAUUCCGAGAGAGGGCCGAAACAAGUUCAAAGCAUUUUUGAGAACUCGCAACCAGCAGAUCAGACGAGAAAAUGCACACCUAACCAAGAUGCGUGAGAACCAGCUGCGCGCUCUGAUGCGUAUCGAUAACAGUGACAUCAAGACCAACGAUGUACCACACCAGCUGGUUCUUCGCAGGUUCUUCUCAGAGGCCGCUCAUGAAAACAUGGCAGAUCGAAUCCCCGAUUUCAUGCUCUGCCAGGCCGCCGAUGUCCUCGCCGGUAGACAGUACCUGGCCCGCAAGUCACUCCCACGAAGCCUAACGGGAGACUGGGAUCACAGUCUUGUGGUGCUGCGAAAGCCGGGAGAGGAUGCCAGCUUGGAACCAGAACGAUUCGAGUGGAAACAGGAUCUCAAUCUAGCACCGGAACUCACAGAUGAGGUCAAGGUGAUAGGAAGUGGAGACCAUCCCAUCAUCAGAACCAAACGAGGAUACAUCCAGUGCAUUGCUGGUAAGGGCACAGCCUACAUUCGCGACUUGGGUCUCAAGCCCGGCGAAGAGCAGCCGAUCGUGGACUGGCGCAAAUACUUCCCAUUCGGCAAUCCGGUCCCCGAUGCUCAAGUUCCGGAGGUGGAAAUCGUCGGUCCAAGUGAUGGACUGAUCCGUCUAACCAUUAGUCCCGGGCGAGCAGCGCAAAUUGAUUGGGAUGGCAGGAAUAUAAGCCAAGAGGAUCCAAUGAUAUAUUCUGGAUCUUCCCCAGGGACCCCACAGCGACAAUUAUGCACCCCCAAUCCAGCGUGGUCGCCUGACGUGGCACCUGAUGAUACCCCGAUAAAGAGGACCAUCAAUCCCAAGAUGUUAGCCGCUCAGCUUGCGGCACUUCCAGGACGACCUCUAGAGACGCUUCAAGUGGGCAAAGAGAUCCACAGGGCAUUGUCGUUGAUCCAUCCGAAGCAGUCGAGAAUACACAAGCGUACGUACAGUCCACCCAAGCAGGGAAUCUUCUCUGUUAGACGUGCGCAUGAAUUCAAACGCCGUGAAUCAAUGCCCUUGAAACGUUCGAUGGGCGGCUGCUGGUCCAUGAGCUCCAUCCAUUAUGUCAACCCAGCCAUCGGACAAAAUCGGUACUCCCAACAAAUCCAGGAGGCCAAGUACGAAGCUCAGAUUCUGAAGUUCCAGACCGAUUUCACUCACGACGUCGAUACCGAGCGCACACAUCGUAAGGUGCAGGAAGAGAGAGUUGAGCCCGCUCUUUCUUCGCCAAUUCGUGGCGCAGUGUCCGAUGACAUGUUCAGCAAGUUAUUUGAUCAGCGUGUGCCACCUUCCGAUGAAACCCUGAUGGGUGAUAUCGAUCUUGGCAGUUCGUUUGAUAGCCCUGAGAGUGUGAAGAUGAAUGAUGAUGAUGUGAUGAAUGGAUUUAUGGUACGAGAAGAUGAAUUUGACAUGAAUGAGUUGAAGGGAAUGAAUGGAAACGAUGAUAGUAUGGAGACAAUUGAUGCUCCAAUGGAAGAUGAAGAUGAGGAUGAGGAUGAGAUGGUUAUGGUCGAGGGUUGA